AUGCCGUCCACCAUCACCAAGCCCGACCUCGAACACUUUGUCCCCGUGAAGCCGACGUCCGAGCCCCUGGAGUACGCAGAGCUGGUCACGUUGGACCUCUCCACGUUCGACAAUGGCCCGGACGCGCGCAAGAAGCUCGCCAGCGAGCUGAACCACGCCAUGCGGACCCAGGGCUUCUUCGUCGUGGUCAACCACGGCAUCUCGAUCGAGCAGAUCGACCGUCAAGUCGACAUCGGGUACCAUGUGCUCACCAAGACGCCGGUCGAGGAGAAGCAACGCCUGCAAGGCCGGAUGAAGCAGGAGGGUAGCUACCAGGGGUUCAAACCCCGUAACUACUGGCAGAUUGACCAAGGGGUCAGGGACCAGAUCGAGCAGUACAACUGGAACCGCGACCUGACGCUGCGCGAACACCCGUCCACGUUCGUGCCCUUCAUCGACGAAGUCCAAGAGCUGAACGACUUUAUCCACAAGGAGAUCUUGGUCCGGCUGCUGACGCUGUUCGCCAUCUCGCUCGACCUGCCCGAGGACUUCUUUGUCAAUCUGCACCGGUACGAGGUGCACGACGACUCCUGGUACCGGUACAUGAUGUACUUCCACGCGCACAAGGCCGAGGACAUGCAGAAGACGGGCGGCGUGUGGCUCAAGGGUCACUGCGACUUUGGGUCGCUCACCAUGCUGUUCAGUCAGCCCAUGGCGUCGCUGCAGCUCAUGGACCACUUCACGGGCAAGUGGCGCUGGGUGCCGUACGUGCCGGGCGCCAUCAUCGUCAACGCCGGCGAGAUGAUGGAGUGGUGGACCGGGGGUUACUACAAGGCCACCAUCCACCGCGUGUGCCAACCGCCCGCCGACCAGCGCAACCAGGACCGUUGCGGCCUGUUUUACUUUGUCGUCCCCAACGACGACGUCAAGAUCAACACCCUCCUGGACGAGUCGAGCGUGCUCCGCGACGCCGGCGUGCAGAGAAAGUUCGAGCCCGGCACGGAACCCACGUCGAAGCUGUACAGGUCUGCUCGCAUCAGCGCGUACGGGCAGACCGAAGUCUUCAAGGGCAAGGGCCAGGGUAUUCAAGAGGAGACCAUCGCGGGGAUUAAAUUGAAGCAUUACAACUGA